UCACAACCCUUUUCACCUCUGCCUUCUGUGGACACCUCAAGCAGACAGGGACUUCACAUCCACGGACCCACAGCCCACCUCCCAGCAGUGAAAGAACACGGAUGACAAACAAGGGUCCAGCUCUACAAUGAAAUCCCCCUCAUUUUGCCUCAGGCUCUUCCUCCUCAUCUGCCUGGCCUCUCUACUGUUCUUUCUGGUGGGACAGGGGAGUGAGGGUGGGUGGGAUCCAAACUCUGACAGAAGCCACAACAUCACCAUCCUGCUGUGGCACUGGCCCUUUGGCCCCUCCUACAAUUUGGAGGGAGACGUGUGCUGGAACCGGUACCGUAUCCCCGACUUCCGCCUGGUGGACCAGCACUCUCUCUACCCCAGUGCUGACCUGGUGGUCUUCCACCAUAGAGAGCUGAUGAACGGCCAGGAGCGGCUGCCCCUCCACCUUCACCGGCCAAGGCACCAGAAGUGGGUCUGCUCUCUCGAGUCCCCUGACAACAGCAGAUACCUGAAGCCCUUCAAUAAUGUGUUCAACUGGACCAUGUCCUACCGCCGCGAUGCCGAUAUCACCAUGCCCUAUGGUAAGCUGCUGCCGAAGGACUGUGAUACUGGUAAUGAUAGCAGCACAGAAGACAUCAUUCCCAAAAAUAAGUCCAUUCUGGCCUGCUGGGUUGUUAGUCACUAUGAGCCUCAGCACAGAAGGAGCUUGGUGUACAAGAGCCUGAAAAGAAGCAUCCCAGUGGAGGUGUAUGGUCGCUUGAGAGGGAGUGUUUUGGCCUCCAUCGACCUGCUGCCCACCAUCUCAAGCUGCUACUUCUACCUGUCCUUCGAGAACUCCAUCUCCAAGGAUUACAUCACUGAGAAGCUCUGGCGGAACGCUUACCAGGCAGGGGCGGUGCCUGUGGUUCUGGGUCCACCUCCAGAUGACUACAUAGCCGUGGCGCCGCCCAACUCCUUCAUCCACGUUGAGGACUUUCCAUCCACCAAGGAGCUGGGGAACUAUCUCCGCCAGCUGCAACUGGACAAGGAGAGAUAUGCUGGGUACUUAGCGUGGCGGCAUAGCUAUCAGGUGAAAGUGUAUACAGACUGGAGGGAGAGGCUGUGUAGCAUCUGCCCCCAGUAUCACAGCCUGCCUGCUCAGAAGGUUUACCAUGACCUGGAAGCCUGGGUCAGGAAGUGAAACCACACCCUUGGUUCACUUUGGCAGCUCCUCAGACUUUCUGCAUCCUAAAUAGCACCCGUUUCACUAUGCAGGUCCUUACAUUUGACCAGGGCUCAUAGGGUCUGGUCAAAAGUAGUGCACUAUACAAGGGGAGUGACAUUUAGGACACCUUUUAAAAAUGUGAAGGUGGUCUUCUCUAGGACCAGCUCUUUUCACAUACAUGGACAUUUCAGCAAUAAACCACCUCCCCACAUAACUAAUGUGUGAGAAACAGAAAGUGGUUGAGCAUUUAUGGGUGAUCUGUGUUACACAUGCAGCAUUUAUACACACAAUAGCAUAUUCACUAACUGUUGUUACGACACAGGUUGACAUGGAAAAUAAAAAAUAUUUAAUUGUGUGGUGCAAAAGUUACAAGUAACAUCUUAAGGUUGCCCCAGAGAAAUAGCCAGAGUUUCAAUAAAAUU